UCCCUUGAAACAUACAUCGAUGAAAAGUGGCAACUCCCACGUAUUGACGGUCAUCACUCUCGAAUUUUGGUAUAAAAAGGUGGGAAGGCUGCGUUUGAAAGUAUCAGUUCACCAACUGUUUCAACGAAACGCACACGUGUUCCAACAUGAAGUUCGUCAUCCUAGUUGCUCUGUUUGCCGCUGCUGCUGCCGAUUCCUACAAACCGGCGGAAUAUGCUCCCAAGUACGAGGUGCCCAAGUACGAGGUGCCCAAAUACGAAGUCCCCAAGUAUGAGACACCAAAGUACGAGGAACCAAAGUACGAGGAACCAAAGUACGAGGAACCUAAAUACGAGGCUCCCAAGUACGAAGCACCUAAAUACGUAGCCCCAAAGUACGAGGCUCCCAAGUACGAGGCUCCCAAGUACGAGGCUCCCAAGUAUGAGGCUCCUAAAUACGUAGCCCCCAAGUACGAGGCUCCUAAGUACGAGGCCCCUAAAUACGUAACUCCCAAGUACGAAUCUCCCAAGUACGAGGCUCCCAAGUACGAGGCUCCCAAGUACGAGGCUCCCAAGUACGAGGCUCCCAAGUAUGAGGCUCCCAAGUAUGAGGCUCCUAAAUAUGUAGCCCCCAAGUACGAGGCUCCUAAGUACGAGGCCCCUAAAUACGUAACUCCCAAGUACGAGGCUCCCAAGUACGAAUCUCCCAAGUACGAGUCUCCCAAGUACGAGUCUCCCAAGUACGAGUCUCCCAAGUACGAGUCUCCCAAGUACGAGUCUCCCAAGUACGAAUCUCCUAAAUACGAAGAAGUGACAUACACUCCUCAGCCAUACAGCUUUGGUUACGACGUCAAGGAUAAGGAAUCCUACACUGAUUUUGACCACUCCGAGAAAGCUGAUGGCCAAGUGACCACUGGAUCUUACCGCGUUGCUCUCCCAGACGGCCGUACCCAAAUCGUCACCUACAAGGCUGAUAGCUACGGUUACACCGCUGACGUGAAAUAUGAAGGCGAAGCUCAAUACCCCGAAUACAAGGAGACACAAUACAAAGCGCCCGCUUACACCGCCCCAGCCUACAAAGAGCCGGAAUACAAAGCCACCACAUACGCCGCUCCCGCAUACCCUGCCCCGGCCUACAAGGCUCCUGAAUACAAAGCCCCGGCCCCCGAAUACAAGGCUCCCGAAUACAAGGCUCCCGAAUACAAAGCCCCGGCCUACAAGGCUCCCGAAUACAAGGCUCCCGAAUACAAGGCCCCAGAAUACAAAGCCCCAGCCUACAAAGCUCCCGAAUACAAAGCCCCUGCUGCCUACCCUAAAUACUAAGUUAACGUCAGUCAUGCUGUAAGUUCAACGACGAUUAUUUAAUAAAGAGAGCUCUUUAGCUAUUUCCGCACAAA